UAAAUGCGAUUUAGGUUAUAUAUAUGUGUCAUGGUUAUCAACGGACUUCAAUUCAUUCACAAACAGCUAGUACAGCUGCUCAACAUAGGUACAUGGCAGAUCCAAAUCCACUGCUCUAUCAAGCUGGCUUGGAGGAGCCCCAGGCGGCGGCGCCACUGACGGAGGGUAAACGACAACGCCCCUCCCUUGACGACACGAUUGAACACUGUAUUGGGGACUUUGGGUGGACACAGAUACUUCAGAUAACACUUGUGUCUUUUGCAUGGUUCUUCGACGCGCAGCAAAUAUUCAUCACUAUAUUUACCGAUGCUGAACCCAAAUGGAGUUGCAUCAAUAGUAAUUUUUCAUCGUCAUGCAAUGAAAACAGCAAUCCCUGUCAGCUUCCUAGGGAGUCCUGGUCCUGGGACUUUCCAGCGAGCACAUCCAUCAUCUCGGAGUGGUCAUUGGAGUGCGCUGAUUCCAUCAUAACGGGACUCCCAGAGUCGGCUUUUUUCUCAGGCAGCCUGGUCGGUGGAUUCGCACUCGCCUCAUUAUCAGACUCUGCUCUGGGCAGAAAGAACAUGCUAGUUUUGUCAAUCCUGUUCAUGUCCUUAACCGGUGUGCUAACCGCUCUGUCGACAAACGUCUGGAUGUACGCAGGAUGGCGGUUUAUUGCCGGGUUUUGCCGGGCCCCAAUUGGGGCCUGUGCUCUUGUUCUGGCGACAGAACUAGUCGGGAGAAAAUGGAGAGAGAAUGUUGGAAUCAUUGGAUUCAUCUGUUUCACUCUGGGUUUUCUAGCUCUUCCACUGAUCGCAUUUUUGCUUCAGGGUUAUUCAUGGAGGCUAAUCUAUCUUUGGACUUGUGUGCCUACAAUGUUUUACUCAAUCGCAGUGUUUAUUGGGGUUCGAGAGUCCCCUAGAUGGCUUUUCAUCAAGGGUCGGAAAGACGAAUUUGCAGAAACACUGAGAAGCAUCGCGGCCCCGGCCAGCCGGAGCAGCUUAACGCAAAGCUUCUUCGGCAGGUGCUCUGAGUGGGAAGAGAAAAAGCAAGAAACCGACAUUUUCUCCGCACUCAAGAUCUUGAUGGCGAAAGGAUGGUCUUGCCGGCGGCUGGUGGUGGUUAUGGUGGUGGGAUUUGGGCAUGGCAUUAUUUACUACGGCAUGCCGUUGGGCCUUGGCAACCUCUCAUUUGAUCUGUAUUUGAGCGUCACGCUAAAUGCGCUAUCUGAAUUCCCAGCCUCAUUGCUCGCGUUUGUACUCAUUGGAAAACUGAACAGAAAGGGUUCGGUUCUGGGACUGUCCCUAUUGAGUGGAGUAUGCAGUGUGAGUUGUGUGUUGGUCAGAUGGAAGGCACUGCAAAUCGGGCUAGAGCUGAUGUCGUUUUUGAGCGCAUGCACAGCAUUUGACAUCGUUUCCAUUUACACCCUAGAGUUAUUCCCAACGUGUGUGAGGAACUCGGCGGUGGCGAUGGCGCGGCAGUCGCUAGUGUUGGGCGGGGCUCUCGGCUCUGUUUUGGUGGCCGUCGGUAGAAAGAAAGGGUUGCUGCUGUCAUAUGGGGUGUUUGGGAUGACAAUUUCGAUAUGUGGGCUUUUUGUUGUAUGCUUGCCAGAAACUAAAGGAAGGGUUUUGUGCGAUACUAUGGAGGAAGAAGAGCGCAAGAAUGCUGCAUUUGAUGAGAUCCACUGUGUAUAAGAACCCAAUUUUUCCCUUUUUUUUUAUACGUUUCGAUGCUCAUAAAUUUGUGUGUAUUAUUUAUGUGUGAACUGGUCAUUUGUACUAAGAUUUCUCCAGCUAAUGUAUGAUUUUAUAUAU